AUGGAUGAAUAUCCACGCAUAAUAUCCAUGCCAGCGCUCCAAGGCAUCGCAGUCACCUUUGCCCUCUUAGCCCUCCUCCUUACACUCACCCGUCUCGUUCUCACCUGGCGCACCUCCCACCGCUUCCACCUCGACUCCCUCUUUAGCGCAACAGCAGCUUUCCUCGUCAUCCCCUACACCAUUGGCACCCUAAUCGAUGACCAAGUCCAGUACGAAAUGCAAGCGUACUCCGUCGGCUGGGAGUCUUCGCUACCUUCUUUAAAUCGCAUUGAAAGAGCGUUCAAGACAGAAGUCGCGUGCACGGUGUUCUUCUGGCUCAUCAUCUAUUCGUCGAAGGCGACGUUUCUGACAAUUUACUGGCGUAUGAUUUGCGAGAGGAGAGCUGCAAGAAACAUCUGGUUCAUCAUUUCGAGUCUUACCGCGUUGUUCUUUGGCAUUAUCUUUCUCUCUGUAUUCUGGGUAUGCGGGAGCCCUGGGAGAGUUGAAGCGUGUCAGAGUAUGGGAGAGGCGGCUGCGACGAGACUGUUGACAACAUGGUGUGUUUUGAACUUGGUGGAUUUUGCUCUGCUGAUCCUCUUCCCUCUCGCCAUCAUGCCCACAUCCCACACGCAACACGGCAAGCGCCAAAUGGCGGUAAUGUCUGCGAUGCUUCUCCUUGCAGCCUUCUUCACGUCGCUCGACAUUUUACGCACAUACUGGAACCUCACCAUCUCCCUAAGCGACACAACGAACCUCAUCCUUCUCUGGAGAGUCUUACAGCCUAUUAUCGCAGCCAUGCUUGCCGCCCUAUCUGGCCUCGCAAAUUGGUGUCGGAUUUCCUAUCCGGCUUCGGACGUCCCGGAGGAUGAUCGGAGCUGGAUAGAAAUCGGGGACCUGGGCAAAGUCUCGGAAGCAUAA